UGAUAUCGAUCAAAACUUUUGCAUUUCUUGUGGCUAUAAAGCGCCAACUCGAACAAACUAUGAAUCUCGGCCACAUUGGAGAUGACGAGAUCAGGAUCGUUGAACUUCACCCUGCAAACCAAGGCUCCGCACUCAGAUGGGAAACACGCGUUGUCUCACUCGCAAGCAGCCCGGAAUUCGAAGCUCUGUCGUACGUCUGGGGCAGCCCUUUGGAUGUGGUUGAGGUGCCCGGAAGCUCGAUAAAGAUCACCAAGAGCCUGUAUGCAGCCCUCCACCGCCUACGACUUGAGGACGAAACCAGGCUGCUAUGGGUGGAUCAAAUGUGCAUUAAUCAGAACGACAUCAAGGAGAAGGCAUCUCAAGUCCAGCUUAUGCGGGCCAUCUACUCCAAAUGCACGCGAUGUUUGAUCUGGAUGGGCCAGGCUGACGUUUCCUGCCCAUUAUCUGAUGCCGCCAAGGCCGUCAGCUUCCUCGAGUACCUGGCUGCUUUGAACAACGCAGACGACCAGUCCAGCGUCCCGGUUCCGGCAUUUGUUACGUCAGAACAUGAGUUUCUAGCCGCGUUGAAGGCAUUGCGAACCAUUUCAGUUCAGGAAGGACCCUGGUGGAGGAGAGUGUGGACGGUACAAGAGGCGAUAAUUCCGCGAGAUCUGCUUUUCCUUUGGGGCCCAUUCACCUUACCGUGGCAAACGAUGAUUGAGGCUGCCUGGGGAUUCAUAAACUUUUAUGGCGAUGUCCGUGACGUCGGCGAGACGGGUGACAUGGGACACCUGUCUGCGCAGCUUAUAUGGCUCAACGGUUCCAAGGACGAUGGAGAUCCGCCAAUUGGUAUAACAAUGCACUGGCGAUUCAGAAAGGCGACAGACCCUUUGGACAACGUGUACGCAUUGAAUGGCUUGUUUUCCCCUGGCGAAAUGCCAAGAGUCAGCAAUUGCGACUACAGCCUUAGUCCCGCUCGGGUCUUUACCGAUUUUACGCUUGAUUUGAUGACCAUCUACGGCUUAUUGCCUCCCACCUUCGAUACCUAUUUGGAGGAUGACAUAGCCACCGCAGGACUUCCACGAUGGGCACUCGACAUGAAAUCCUGGCCUAAAUAUCGCACCAACGAAUGGAAUCGAUACAGUGGCUAUGACAUUUACCAAGCGAAUAAGGGUCUGCCUGAGGCUGACUUCUCGUACAACGCUGAGGGCACAUUGGAUCUUGACGGUAAUUUCAUCGAUACCAUCAAAGCCAUUGGCGAUGGCCAUUAUGUCGAGGAGUGGGUUGACGAACCCACCGUCCCAUUAUUACCAACUAUAAGAAGCUGGUGGGACCUUUAUGUAUCCGAAUACAUAAAUAAGCUAAGCUCCACAACUGAGCCUGAUCACUCGACGGCGCUGAGACUCUUCCAUCGGUUAUUGAUUGGGGACGUGGUGAGCACUAGUGAUUGGGACAUUGAGCGGUUAGCCACUGACGAAGACGUGGAUUUGGUCUCGGAAUUCCUAGAAUCGGGAGAAGAGGAUCGUCGACCACACGCUACGGAUGGCAUGGCUCGAAAUCAAAGGUUUUUCUUCACCCGAAGCGGGUUGAUGGGAUUAGGACGAUUGGACACCAAACCUGGAGAUGAGGUUUGGGUAUUCAACCAGGGAAGAACGCCGUUCGUUCUGAGACCUAGAGCACAUCGUCCUGGCGAUUCGCCUUCUUUCGACUUUGUGGGGGUGUGCUACGUACAAGGGAUUAUGCAGGGAGAGCUUGUGAAUGGGGGCGGAAGCAGGCCAGUCCAACAAAGAGUUCGACUACAUUAAUCGAGGUUGAAUAUGAGGGUUAACGAAUGCUGCGAUGGCUGCUCGGAAUUCGGUCUACCCAGAGUCGGGGAAGUAGGCUCGGGUGCCCUGAAACGAAGGUGAUAUCAUUCUGUGGUUUUAAUGCCGGUUGUACUCUGCCCUUGCGAAUCCAUUUGGCAUAGAUAUUGAGGUUUCCUUCUCCAACACCACAUAUGUCGCAGCAGCUGGCAGCUCGACGGAGAUGGUAGGUCUACGAUCCGAGAUGAAGCCCCUACAUGGUGCCUCGUGCCCUGGGCCGCCGACUACCUGCGCCUUUCUACGCAUUGUCUCAUACUUCAUGCUAAAUUCGUUCGACAUAUCUCCACAAGCGACGUUCCACACCAACUGUUUGUCUAUCAUCCUUAGCUGACUUAGUUCUGCCGUUUAUAUUGCGU